UUGUCUAAUGGAUGGAUUCUUCCUUAAACCUAAGCUCUGGUCCUGCAGUGCUUUGGUUUUCAAGCACCUUGUGAUGCUCCUGCUACUGAUAGACUCUAAUAAAGGCCAGUCUCUCGGGGUUGGACCCUCUCAAACAGUGGUGGCAUUAGUCGGUGAUAAUGUUACCUUGCCAUGUCACCUUGAACCUGCAAUGAAUGCUGUUUCAUUGGGUGUGGAGUGGGGGAGACCUGACCUGGAGCCAAGAUUUGUCCAUGUGUGGUAUGAGGGUCAAAACCUUCUGGAAAACCAAAAUCCAUCUUACAAAGGAAGAACAUCAAUGUCCAUGGAGAAACUGAGACAUGGAGACCUCUCACUGAGCCUGUCUGCAGUCAAACACUCUGAUAAUGGAGCUUAUAGAUGCUACUUUCCAUCACAGGACAAGCAGUCUACUGUUGAGCUUGUUGUUGGUUCUUUCUCCUCACCUCUCAUCACUCAUAUUUCUAAAAGUGGCAGUGGGGUGGUGGUAGAGUGUGAGUCUAAAGGCUGGUAUCCUGAGCCUGAAGUGUUGUGGCUGGACAGUGAGGGGAAAGUGUUCUCUGAUGGACCUACAGAGACCCUCAGAGGUCCUGAUGGUCUCCUUACUGUGAGCAGCAGAGUGACUGUGGAGAAGAGAGAGAGCAACAUCUUCACCUGUAGAGUCCAUCAGAGGAACAUCAACAGGACCAGAGAGACACACAUUCAGAUUUCAGAGGAUUUCUUUGAGACCUGUUCUUCCGCUGCUCAUGUCAGCAUCAUAGUGGUUCUUGUGCUCGGUGUUGUUUGUGCAGCUGCCUUUGUCUUUUGGAAAUGGAGACAAAAUCAAAUCAAAGAGGCAAAGCUGCAUCAGGUUGAAUCUGGAGAACCGGAGAGAGAAACAGAGAAACUCAUGGAAGAAAAAACUGAGGAUUUGGAGGAGAAAAAUAAAAGACCUGGAGAAGACUUGCAGAAGAAAGAGAAGGAGAAAAGGAAAAGACUUGAAGACUUGCAGAAGAAUUUGGAGGAGAAAAGGAAAACCCUUGAAGACUCGCAGAAGAAUUUGGAGGAGAAAAAGAAAAUCCUUGAAGACUCACAGAAGAAUUUGGAGGAGAAAAGGAGAAGACUUGAAGAAGACUCACAGAAGGAUUUGGAGGAGAAAAAGAGAAGACUUGAAGAAGACUCACAGAAGAAUUUGGAGGAGAAAAGGAGAAGACUUGAAGAAGACUUGCAGAAGGAUUUGGAGGAGAUAAGGAGAAGAGUUGAAGAAGACUUGAAGAAGAAAGAGGAAGAGGAGAAAGACUUGGAAAGAAAUGUUCAUAGACUGAUGGAGCAAAGCAAAGAGGUAAAGAAACAGAGAGAUGAAUUCAGACAUCAAGAAGAGGACAUGAAGAGAAACAUUAAAGAUAUUAAUGAUAGGUUUCAGUCAGCUGAGGAGAAGGCAGAAGGUGACCGAGCUCAGGGAUAUGUGGACAUGAAAAGAGUCGCAGUAACAGCUAAAAAUCAUCUGGAGAGUAGACAACAUGAAGAGUGGAAACUUGACCAUAAAACAGAUAUACUUCAGAAAACAACAGAUGAAGUGCUGAAAGUGAUGAAGGAGAGAAAGAGGGCAGUAGAGAGCAACAAGAGAGACAUCUGUGAACAACUGAGAGAGAUUCAGAGGAAACUUUCUGAACACAGACAGAAAACAUGACAGUAGAGACUAUCAACAGAACACAUGACAGUAGAGACUAUCAACAGAACACAUGACAGUAGAGACUAUUAACAGAACACAUGACAGUAGAGACUAUCAACAGAACACAUGACAGUAGAGACUAUCAACAGAACACAUGACAGUAGAGACUAUCAACAGAAAACAUGACAGUAGAGACUAUCAACAGAACACAUGACAGUAGAGACUAUCAACAGAACACAUGACAGUAGAGACUAUCAACAGAAAACAUGACAGUAGAGACUAUCAACAGAACACAUGACAGUAGAGACUAUCAACAGAAAACAUGACAGUAGAGACUAUCAACAGAAAACAUGACAGUAGAGACUAUCAACAGAAAACAUUUAACAAGUUGAUUUUU